AAGAUGUUUGCUCUCUUUGCACUUUUUGCCAAGCUACUUUUUUCAAGCCAUGUUUUUCGGCCUACAUAUUUUCGACCAGAGUUUCAAAGAUUUACAAAAAGUUGGGAAACUAAUCUGAAUGACCUCAUUUGCUAAGUUUAUUUAAGGCAUUUUACUACUUUUUAAAACUUAACCUUUGCUACAUAUGGGGAGAGGAUGCAGGUUUGUUAAUUCGUAAACAUUUUCAUAUUAUUUUGAUAAAUGUUUAUUUUGAUAAAACCAUAGCUCGUGCCACAUCCCAGAAGAGGAAAUUGUCAGUCCUUCGUGACGCUGCCAGAUCCAACAAGUUGUCGAUUGCUUUUCGUAUGAUCGUGCCCCCAAUUUUGAGUUUGAGUAUUAUUGGAACAGGAUGGUGACUACAUUCAAUUAUUCUGAUAAUCCAUGGUUGAAGAAACUUUAUGGAAUUAGGGAGAAAUGGUGUCCAACAUUUUCAUAAGAGUACUUUUCUGCUGGCAAUUUAUCCUCACAAAGAAGCGAGUCAACGAAUAAUUCUCUGUCUAGAAAGUUGAAUGCAACGUCCUCUCUUUGUGAUUUCUAUCAUUUCUUUUGUGAAGCUGUUAGUGAAUGGCGGAGUCAUGAGAGAUCAGAUCAAGAACGUUGUUAGGAUGGCUUCCCCGAGAUAGCAAUCUCACAUCUUGGUAUAUUACAUGCAGCUUCUCAAAUUUACACGAUUAAUGCUUACAAGCUGUUUGAGAAGGAGUUUGUUCAUGCUAUAUCUUUGAAACAUGAGAAUGCAAAUGCAAAGGAAACUUCACAAACUUUUGUGUUCUAGUGAUUCUAAUGCGUCAGUGAGGCUGCUUCGUGAAGAAUCGUUCAAAAAGUUGAAACAUGAUGUUGAAGAACAAGUUGGCAGUGUUUACUUCUCAGACAGUGAUUCAGCUUCAAUUAGAGUUGGUACAAUUUCUAAUCCCAAAGGUUCAAGGAAAAAAGGUGAAAGAAAUGUUCGGCGCAAAAGUAUUGUUGAGAUUAAAUCAAAUCAAGCGCGAGGAAGGAAAAAGUCAACUACAGCAAGUACAUCAAUUAUUGACCUUGAAAAUUGUAAACACUCUUAAGAGCUUUGUAUUUGGUUAAAUACUUGUUAUAUUAUUCAAAGAAGUACAUGUUGUUUGAUCUUUUAUCUUUAAUUUUAUCAUCAUUUUAGUUUCUGUUAUCUGC